AGAGAGAGAAUUAAUUACAGUAGUGCGUGUAGUGAGAGAGAGAGAGAGAGUGAAAUUGGGCUUAAUUAGAAAGGGAAAGAGAGAGGCAUGGCCAACACUGUUUUCUUCUUCUUCUUCUUCUUCUUCUGCUCGAUCGUCGUUAUGAUUUGAUACCAGAUAGAUGCUUUGGAAAUGGGGAAGAAUGAGCAGCAGCAGCAGCAGCAACCGUAUGCGCGAGAAGAAGGCCAGAGCGAUUGUCCUCCACGGUGGGUUUUGGGAGCGUUCAGUUUCAAGUGCCUCUUCGUUCUCUUGUUCAGUCUCUCUGCUUUGCUUUCUGGCAUCUUCUGGGUUCUUCCUAAAUUCACUACCAGAUAUAGCUUCGAUGCCAAGGAUCAAAUUAAACAAAGUGCUGCUGUUCAGACAUCCUUCAGGCUGGAAAAACCAGUUUCAAAGCUCAUUCCAUACAUUGAAAGAUUAGAAUAUGAUAUAUAUGACGAGAUAGCUCUGCCAAAUACAAAGGUAGCUAUACUAUCCAUGCACCAAAGUGUUUCACCUAACCUGACCGACGUUGUGUUUGGUGUUCUCUCGGAUCCCAUGAACAAUUCAUUAAAUCCAGCGUCCUUAAGUGUGUUGAGGUCAUCACUAAUUGAACUGUUCCUCCAGCAAACCAACCUGACUUUGACAAGACCAAUAUUUGGGAAUGCUUCCAUAUUUGAGAUCUUAAAGUUUCCAGGGGGGGUAGCUGUAUUACCAGUGCAGUCUGCUCCUAUUUGGCAGAUCCCGCAGAUUCAGUUUAAUUUUACUCUUAAUAAUUCAAUAUCUGAAGUACUGGAUAAUUUUGAUGACUUGAAGGAUGGAUUGAAGUUUGGAUUGCAACUGAAGCCUGAUGAGAAUGUUUAUGUGCAUAUAACAAAUGAAAAUGGAUCAACUAUAGCUCCUCCAGUGAUAGUGCAGGCUGCGGUCACGUCAGACUUUGGGAGCCUCUCACCCCAAAGAUUGAAACAAUUGGCUCAAGCAAUAACUGGCUCUGGUGGAAAAAAUCUUGGCCUUAAUAACAUAGUUUUUGGCAAAGUUAAAGAGAUCAGAUUAUCUUCUUAUUUAAAUGAUACAUUUCAUGCUCACCCACCUUCUCCUGCUCCUGCCCCAUCCCCACGGUCAAUUGAACACUCUGAACCAUCGAUUUCGCCAUACUAUGCACCUUCUUACUCUCCGACAUCCCCAGCAACUGUUGAAAAACCUCCCUGUCUUAACUGUGAAGUAUCCUCACCUGCACCUUCUGCCGUGGCUAAGCUUUCUCCAGAUCCCUGUCCGUACAGUGGCAUCAUAUAUCAUCCAGACCGUUCACCAAAAUCUUCUUCUAAACCAUCCUUCCCCCGAGCUAAUUCACCAUCUGGUGCCCCUACCUCACAUUCUGCCAGGCACUUAAUUGAGGUAGCUCCAGAUCUGUCACAUGGAGCUGUGGUGUCCCAUGGAUCCAAGCUUCACCAAGGUGAAGGGAGACCUAGAAAAUUGGUCUCUCGGUUACUUGCUCCAUCCUCUCCAUCUUCAGCAGGUGGUGGUUUCCAUAGGGAAACCUUGCUAACGGGGUUUUGCAUGAUCUUAAUUUCUCUUGUUUUUCUCAACGAUCUUACAUUUUGAUGACAUGGAGAUGAUGUUACCUAAUGAAGGAUCCUCAAGCCAUGCAAGGACUACAGAUUAAUGAUGCGGCUUUGAAAGUUUUGCACAGACAAAGGAAGGAAGAAGCUUCCUACAAAUUUUAAUGUCCAUAUUUUACUUGAAACCAUAUUGUAAAGCUUCGGUAAGACAAAGGUCAAAGCCAGAAAGUUGGCAGGCCUGUCAUCUAGUGCUAUAUAUUCUAUGAAGUGUGAAAUUGAUCCCAAAGGGGUCAACUUACGAGCCAAAGUUUGCUUUCAGAUGUCAACAGAACCAUCCCUUGUAUUUGAUCAAGUGUAUAUGAUAUGCAAAGAAAUAUGGGUUCUUUUAGCAUCUGAAUCUGUAAUACAACUAUAGUAGUAUAGUAAUAUCCAGCAAAGAGAUUAGUUAGUCA